AUGUUUGCAUCAGCUCUAUUCCCCUCCCGCGCCUCCUCGUCGACGUCACACCCUGCCACCCACGCUUCCCCUCGUCGACGUCGCCGUGCCCCAUUACGUCGCUACUUUUACGUCUUCGAUCGCACUCUUCCUCAGUUGUCUCCCCACCACUCCCCACUCUCCUCACAGGGUUGCCCACUCGGUCGCCCUGGCUUCGUCCUACUGCCGACAUCGUCGUCCCCCACGCUUCCCCCCACCGUCGCCAACGCUUCCUCCCGCUGUCGCUCACACUUCACUCCGUCGUUGCCCACACUACCCCUCCCGUCACCCACCUUCACCGCCGUCCACGCUUUCCCCCUGUCGCCCACGCUUCCUCCCACCGUCGCCCACGCUUCCUCCCACCGUCACGCUUCCUCCCACCGUCGCCCUCGCUUCCUCCCACCGUCGCCCACGCUUCCUCCCACCGUCGCCCUCGCUUCCUCCCACCGUCGCCCACGCUUCCUCCCACCGUCGCCCACACUUCCUCCCACCGUCGCCCACGCUUCCUCCCGCCGUCGCCCACGCUUCCUCCCACCGUCGCCCACGCUUCCCCCCACCGUCGCCCACGCUUUCCCCCACCGUCGCCCACGCUUUCCCCCACCGUCGCCCACGCUUUCCCCCACCGUCGCCCACGCUUUCCCCCACCUUCGCCCAUGGCAGGUGGUGGUGCGGCUUUGGAGCAGAGUGUUGGGCGCACAGCCAGGGCAGCGUGUACAGGCGGGCAGCAAGGAGUGCAGUGCUGCAGGGGGCGGGUUAGGGGAGGCGGAGCGGGGGAGGCGGGGGUUAGGGAGAGAUGGUGCAGGGAUCCUCCUAUCCCCCUUAUACCCUGCCACACUCUUACCUCCUGCCCUCCUCCCUUCCUCCGUUUUGUGGGGCCCCCACAGUCGUCCUCCUCUCCCUCUCUCUUCCUCCCUUCCUCCAUCUAUCCCACACUCUCUGCCUCACUACCCUCUUUCCCCUUUCUGUUGCCCGUUCUCCCUCCCUUCCUCCCGCCCUCCCUUCCUGCCAUUCUCCCUCUCCUCAUCCUCCCUCGAUCCAAUCCCCCUUUCCCUUUCCAUUUCCCACUCGCCCACUCCCUUCCUCACGCCAACCCUGCUCCUCCGUUCCACCCAUCCUCUCAUCCGCCUAUCCUCUCAUCCGGCCAUCCUCUCAUCCGCCCAUCAUCUCAUCCGCCCUUCCCUCAUCUCCGAAUUCCUCAUCUCCCCUUCCCUCAUCUCCCCAUCCCUCUCCUCCCCAUCCCUCAUCUCCCCAUUCCGCCUCACCCCAUUCCGCCCCACCCCAUUCCGCCCCACCCCUUUCUGCCCCACCCCAUUCCGCCAUGCCAUCCUACUUCUCAUCCCCUUUUCCUCGUUUCCCCAUCCCUCGUUCCCCAAUCCCAUCAUUCCCCGUGCCAACUUUCACCAUUCCACCAUACGGUCAUACCCCAUUCCGCUGGCUCCCCGUCACCUCCACCCCGUCCCCUCUCCUCCCUGCUUCUUCCCAUCUUCCGCCUCGCCAAAAGGUUCGUUCUUCACCACCUCCGCUAUCCAUCCCUUUCUAUACCCAUCCCCUCCUCCCCAUCCAUCCUAUCUCCAACUCCUCCCCCUAUCCCUCCUCUCGCAAUCCCUCCUCUUCCAAACCCAUCAUUUUCUCAUUCCCUUUCCCGGCCCCGGAAGGGGAUGGGGGGAUGCUGGGAGGGGGACGGGGGGAAGGAGGGAAGGGGACGGGGGGAAGCAGGGAAGGGGAAUGGGGGAAGCAGGGAAGGGGAUGAAGGGGAAGCAGGGAAGGGGAUGGGGGGAGGCAGGAAAGGGGACGGGGGGAAGGAGGGAAGGGGACGGGGGGAAGCAGGGAAGGGGAAGGGGGGAAGCAGGGAAGGGGAUGGGGGGAGGCAGGGAAGGGGACGGGGAGAAGGAGGGAAGGGGACGGGGGGGAGGAGGGAAGGAGAACAGGGAUGGAGAUGGGGGGGAACAGGGAUGGAGAUGGGGGGGAACAGGGAUGGAGAUGGGGGGGAACAGGGAUGGAGAGGGGGGAGAACAGGGAUGGAGAUGGGGGGGAACAGGGAUGGAGAUGGGGGGAAACAGGGAUGGAGAUGGGGGGGAACAGGGAUGGAGAUGGGGGGGAACAGGGAUGGAGAUGGGGGGGAACAGGGAUGGAGAUGGGGGGGAACAGGGAUGGAGAGGGGGGGGAACAGGGAUGGAGAUGGGGGGGAACAGGGAUGGAGAUGGGGGGGAACAGGGAUGGAGAUGGGGGGGAACAGGGAUGGAGAUGGGGGGGAACAGGGAUGGAGAUGGGGGGGAACAGGGAUGGAGAUGGGGGGGAACAGGGAUGGAGAUGGGGGGGAACAGGGAUGGAGAGGGGGGGGAACAGGGAUGGAGAUGGGGGGGAACAGGGAUGGAGAUGGGGGGAACAGGGAUGGAGAUGGGGGGGAACAGGGAUGGAGAUGGGGGGGAACAGGGAUGGAGAUGGGGGGGAACAGGGAUGGAGAUGGGGGGGAACAGGGAAGAAGGGAAGGGUGUAUGUGUGGGUUGGAAAGGGGGAGUGACAAGUGUGCGAGAUGGGAAGGGAGAAGGGAGGGAUGGCGAGGGCAACGAGGAGUGGAAGGGAGGGCGACGGGGAAACCGAGGGCGACGGGGGUGUUAG